AUGGGAAUGAGGGCCUCCCGAUCCGUUGUCAUUCUCUGUCCUAGGCAUUCUGGCUAUGCUACUGUCGACAAGCCUAACAAAGUGUUGCCCGUUUUGGAUCCAGUUCAAGCAGAGGCUCAGGGACCAUGCGAUGGAUGUGCAGAGUUCCCUUUGUUUCCCGCGUUUGCGCGCUUUUACACGAGGCAGACUGACGAUUCGACUGUGAGUACCUAUUGUCCGCUGACGCAGCCACGCAAUUGCUUCCAUUGGGACCUUUGCCACCACCAUGAUGUCUGCUCCGGUUCGAAGAAACCGAAGAUCGAACAAGAAUCGCAAUCGCCGCUUUCAUUUCAGUCCGAUGGUAUAACACCUAGGAAAGCUCAUUUGAAGCGGGAUGAGACGGUUGACGAAAUCUACGAAAAGGCGCUGGUGCAUCAACAUGUUGUGGUCGGUUCUCCGCCAUCGUCGGGAAAGACUUCGCUGUUACAGCUCUUGAAACUCAAGUUGAGAGGACUCGCUAACGAUCCAACGCCAGCGAGAAUCAACAUGACCUCCGACAGAUCGGUCGAGGAACUCAUGGACGACCUAAGAGAUUAUGGAAUCACAAAGAAGGUGAAGGAUCUAGAAAAAGUUAAAAACACCUGGAUACUUAUCGACGAUGCGCAAAAUGCAUUUGACGAGAAGUUCAAUCCUUUUUGGGAGUUUCUGGUAAAGCAUGUCGCUUCCGUCGACGAACUCAAAGAGGAGUUGAUAGUGGUGAUUGCUUCAACGUACGAUCUAAACACACCAAAGUCUCCAGUGAACUUUGCCGACCUCCACCACAUCGAACCUAACGCAACAGAGGCCGAGGCCCGGGAGCUUUUUAACAUAUGUGCGGAGGAUAUAAACUGCCGGCAUAUGAGCCGUUUCUGCGAGACUCUCAUCGACAUCAGCAGACUUGCUAGUGAAGACAAAUCAAGCUUGUCUCCGCCGGAUCCUCCUCUCUACCACCUUGGGGUUAUAAUGGCGGGACUACGUGUGCUCAAGGACAACAAGAAAGAUCAGCGUCUCCGGGUGCUGAGCGAGGACGAUAUGCUCCAAGAAAUUCGUUGUUCGAACAUGAUGAAUCAUUUGAACCGCUGCUUCCCAGAGAGGCUCAAUGAUCUCGUCAAGCGUUCAGUGGAGUCGAUCUCAGCCAGGCGCUUGCGUGAUGCCGCCAAAGACGGAUUUCCCAAAGAAGCCGCUUUCCAACAUCUCUUCUGUGAAGCAAUGUCCAAGCUUUUGCCAAUCCAACAUUCGGUCAUUCCUGAAUUGAACACAUUUGCGAAGAAUUCAGAUUUAGAUGUGGUAACAGGUGAAUUGGACUUCUAUAUCAAUGGUUCAUUGAAGUGGGUUUUGGAAUUGUUACGGAAUGGGAAUAAAAUCGGGGAACAUCUCCAGCGCUUUGACCCUGCACAAGGAAAGUACCGACAGGUUGACUUCAAUGAUUACCUUGUUGUUGACUGUCGUUCAGCGAGGCAAGGAGUUGUCCAUGGAGCUGGAGCUGCAGAUCGAUGCACGUUGUUCUUUGCCGACGACUUCAAGACUUGCGUGUGCCAGAUGCGGAUGAAGGAGGAAAUAGAGAUAACUCUUAGUAACUAGCUUGUUGGGUUUUCUAUUCUCUACGAUUUGGAGU